GCGGCGGGGUUUACGCGCAGCCGUAGCGCUACGGUUAAGCGGCGUGCGGGGUGCUACGAUCGACAGACGUCGCUGCGGACCUGCUACGCCGAGCAACUGGAAAAAAUGUGUUAGUGUAGUACAAGUGUGAGGGCGGACGCGGGCCGCCGACAUGCAGGGGCUGCAAACGGCCAAAGAGAAGGCCUCGGGCCUUUUCGCCAACAAACCACUUCUAUUCAAAAACGCACAAUAUGAGAAUUUCCAUGUGGAUCAGAAGGGUUACGACCAGAUGUAUGAUGGCGAAGACCUGGAAACACCGCCAUCGCCCGAUAGGCCACCGCCACGAAAAAUAGAUAAAUACAUCCGCGCGGAAUGUCCGUGUCUAAGCGCGAGGUACACGGUGGCGCUGCUGGCUUGCUUCGGUUUCUCCAUUAUGUUCGGCAUGCGCUGCAACAUGAGCAUGGCCAAGCUGAAGAUGACUGAGAGACACAACACGUCAAGUGGCGUGAAAGAAGACACUCCAUUCAACUGGACAGUAUCAGUAGAGUCAUCAAUAGACGCCUCAUACUUUGCGGGAUAUCUAAUCACACAAGUCCCGGGUGGUUUCAUGGCAUCCAUGUAUCCUGCCAAUAAGAUCUUCGGAGCGGCGAUUGUUAUGUCUUCAUUGUUCAAUAUUGCUAUACCUGGAGCAAUGUCAGUUGGGCCAGCUGCAGUUGUCAUGUUAAAAGUUGCUCAAGGCUUCGUUGAGGGUGUAACGUACCCAUCCUGUCACGGCAUCUGGAGGAUGUGGGCCCCACCUCUCGAGAGAUCCAGACUGGCCACGUUGGCUUUUUGUGGCACCUACGCUGGUAUUGUCGUAGGAAUGCCCCUGUCUGGUCUGCUGACUGAUUACAUUUCUUGGGAAGCACCAUUUUACUUCUAUGGCAUAUGUGGUGUAAUCUGGUACACAUGUUGGCUGUGGUUGGUGUUUGAGAGGCCCAGUAAGCAUCCCUGUAUCAGUGGCAAGGAAUUGACGUACGUAGAACAGUCUCUUGGCACAAACACACAAGCUGCUAUGCCCAACUUUUGGAAUACUCCUUGGAAAGCUUUUGCGACUUCACCACCGGUAUACGCAAUCAUCGUAGCUAAUUUCUGCAGAACGUGGAACUUUUGUCUUUUAGUUAUUUUCCAGUCAGCAUAUUUCAAUACCAGGUUCAACAUGCAGAUUACUGAGUCUGGCUUUGUAGGUGCAAUACCCCAUUUGAUAAUGACGUCACUAGUGCCAAUAGGAGGUAUGCUAGCCGAUUAUUUGCGUAAAAACAACAUUAUGACCACAACCAACGUGAGGAAGCUCUUCAACUGCGGAGGGUUUGGACUCGAGGCCUUCUUCUUUGUCCUCGUGGCUUAUGCCAAUAAUAAGUACAUAGCAACAAUCGAGCUAACCCUCGGCGUGGCAUGUAGUGGUUUUGCUAUAUCUGGAUAUAACGUUAACCAUUUGGACAUUGCGCCUCGAUACGCGUCCAUCCUGAUGGGUCUGUCCAAUGGAAUUGGAACUAUUGCCGGGUUUAUCGUCCCUAUUGUCAUCGACUACAUGACACAGGAGAAGAUGAAGCAAGAGAAAGCGAUAACUGAGUGGCGCGCAGUAUUUCUAAUGGGUGCAACGGUGCACUUCAUUGGCAUUAUAAUCUACGGUAUAUUCGCAUCAGGCGAAUUACAAGAAUGGGCUGAACCUCCACCAGCCUACGAUGCGCCAGCUAAAUCAUCGCUGGACCAUGAAACCACAUUCACGGAGAAACCAUCAGACCCGCUUCGAGGUAACGAGCCCCCAGCGUACGGUGCGAUUGCGCCGCCGCGGCCUCCUGUGCCUGGUGCUGCGUCCGCGCAGCACGUACCCAACAACCCGUUUGUAUCAGGUGCGUUAUACCAAGCACAGCCAGUGCAGCCACCCACCCACACAUACCAGGAUCUCACUGAUGACGGCACUUAUUAGAACUCCAUAUUGUAAAUAAAUUGUUGAACGAUGGCAAACAUUUUCAGACUCAAACUCAUCAGAAGUAGGAAGAUUAUUUAAUACUGACAUUACCGACUCAUUUGAUGUGUCCCAUUACAGAAAGUUUGUACCCCAUGCGACUUAUCUGGAUGGAACACAUACUGGACUUUUUGGUUCAAAUUCAAAGUAAUAUGCAACAUUUUUUAUGAAAAUUAUUAUUGCAUACGUUAUCCCAAAUUUAAGAAGCAACAAUUUAAGCCUUGAUUGAUUUUGUCGUGAUUUGCCAUCUUUCAUAAUAAAAGACGUCGAAUUCAGCUUGGAGUCUUUAAUAUUUUUCUAGCUAGGUAGAAAAUAAACUUCAGAAGUAAUAAUUGUUCGUAAUCAUUAGCUUACCACAUCAUAUCU